CUGCGCGCACAGGCUCUCUGCGCCGGCGGCCGUUCAGUGCCUUGCGGGGAAGCGCCAUAAGGAGACGGGAGCAACCUCUGCGCUUUGUAGGACCUGGGGGAGGGUUCGAGUGACCCGUCUCGGUCGCCGCUCCGCACACGGACUUCGAUGACGGUGCUGGCUUUCAUGGACCCGGCGCAGGCGUCAGUGACCUUCAAGGAUGUGGCAGUGACCUUUACUCAGGACGAAUGGGGGCAGCUGAACCCUGCCCAGAGGACUCUGUACUGGGAGGUGAUGUUGGAGACCUGUGGGCUCCUGGUCUCUCUGGGAGCCAGAGCAAAAUCAGAGACUACAGAGCCAACCAUUUCUCAGCUGCUCUUGUCCAAGGGACCCUCACUUGAGGUGUGGAUGACACAGGGAGCUUCAGGUGACUCCAGGAUUGGAGAAACCAAAACUCAGGAAAUGCCGUCAGAAAUGCAGGAGGGAGUCUUAAGGCCAGUGACAGACCGCCACAAGGAGAGUGGCCCUGGGAACGUGAGCCCUGAGUGCAAUGAGUUGGGGACAGAUGACAAUCUACACUCAAGGGUUUUACAAGAGCGAGCCUCUCCAGUAGGUGUUCCCCAUGGA